AUGUUCACCGGAGAUCCCUAUGCGUGGCCGUCGCGCCGCUCGCCCGUCCUCGCGACGCGCGGGAUGGUCGCGUCGUCGCAGCCGCUCGCCAGCGAAGCCGGCCUCCGGAUUCUGCGGGCCGGCGGCAACGCGGCGGACGCGGCGGUCGCCAUGGCGGCGGCUCUUGCGGUGUGCGAACCGUGCAGCACCGGACUAGGCGGAGACGCCUUCCUCCUCUUCUACCGCGCAUCUACCCGCACAGUCCACAGCAUUCAGGGCAACGGCCGCUGCCCCGCCGCGCUCUCGCUCCCCCACCUCGCCACUCUCGGCUUCUCCCAAGCUUGCCCCCUCCCCCCCUUCCACCCUCUCACCGUCACCGUCCCCGGCGGCGCCGCCUGCUGGGCCGACACCAUCCAACGGUUCGGAUCGCGCCACGUGUCGCUCCGAGAGGCGCUCGAGCCGGCCGUACAGCUGGCAGAAGGCGGUUGGCCCGUACCGCCCCUGACAGCUGGACAGUGGGAGCGAGGCGUGGAGCAGUUGAAGCAGGGAGGGCCACAUGGCGGCGAGCUAUUGGUGGACGGGGAGAGGGCGCCGAGGGCUGGCGAGGUGUUUAAGAACCCGGGCAUGGGCAACACACUGAGGCUGCUGGGAGGUGCGUCAGCGGCUAUGUCCAUCUCAGGGCCAGCGUCACUUUCAAUUUCCUUGCCCAAGUUCAUUCCUCACAAUUUAGAACGGUUCUUCUUUCCUCUCCCCUCCACGCACAACAGAGCAAGUCAAGGAUGGCUUCCACACUUGUCCAAUGGCCGAUGCCAUAGUGGCAGCGGUGCAGGCCCAGGGCGGUACUUGCAUCUCACGGCUCCAUUCAUGUCAUCCCCCCCCUUUCCCCCAUCCCCCACACCUUUCCCCCUCUUCCCCCAUCAGAGCAAGGCAGGGAUGGCAUCUACACAGGCCCCAUGGUGGAAGCCAUGGUCACAGCAGUGCAGGCUCAGGGCGGGGUGGUCUCUCUGCCCGACCUCAUACUUGAUGCUUCGCUGCUCUCCCUCCCUCCCCGCUCCGCCACCCACAACAGAUAAAGGCAAGGAUGGAUUCUACACAGGCCCGGUGGCCGAAGCCAUAGUGGCAGCAGUGCAAUCCCAGGGAGGGGUGCUCUCUCUGCACGACCUCGCCUCCCACGUCUCCUCCUUCGCCCCCCCCAUCAGCACCACCUUCCACGGCCUCACCAUCUGGGAGGUCCCUCCCCCCACCCACGGCCUUGCCGCUCUCAUCGCUCUCAACAUCACCGAGGCUUACUAUUCCACGCACGGGCUUCCCGAGCCUGCCCGGGAGGCCCGGGGAGCGGGGCCCGAAGCUGCGGGCGAGGCUCGGGAGGAGGGGCGGGUCAAGGGGGAGGCGGAUUUCACGCAUGUGAUGAUUGAAGCGAUGCGAAUGGGGUUUGCAGAUGCGCUGGCGUGUGUGGCUGAUCCAGAGCACGUGCAGGUGCCUCUGGGGGAGGCUUUAUCUAAAGAGUAUGCAGCCAAACGAGCUGGGGAGAUCGAUUUAACACGGGCAGCGAUCGUUGAGCCAGGGAUUGGGGCGUGGGAAGGAGUGGGGACCGAUACGGUGUAUUUCUGUGCGGUGGACGGGGAGGGCAACGCAUGCAGCAUGAUCAACUCAAACUACAUGGGGUUUGGCACGGGGAUUGUCCCCAAGGGGUGCGGUUUUCCUAUUCAGAACCGCGGGCAUAACUUUUCCCUGGACCCUGACCAUCCCAACUGCCUGGCGCCUGGUAAGCGCCCCUACCACACCAUUAUUCCUGGCCUCGCCACCUGGGGGGAUACCCCUUCUACUGCAGCAGCAGCAUCAGCAGAAGCAGCAGCAGGAGCAGCAGCUGCAGCAGGAGAAGCAGGAGCAGAAGAGUCAAGAGCAGACGCAGGGGUGCCAGCAGGAGACCUGCACUGCACGUUCGGAGUGAUGGGCGGGUUCAUGCAACCCCAGGGCCACCUCCAGGUGGUAACCAGCCUCGCCCUCCUCUCCCUCAACCCCCAGGCCGCCCUCGACCGCCCCCGCUUCUGCCUCUCCGGCCUCCCCUCCCUCUCCCCCCCCGGGCACGGGCCUGGGCCAGUGAGAGAGAGCCACGUGGCGAUUGAGGAGGGGCUGGGGAGGGAGGAGGUGGCGGAGGAGUUGAGGAGGAGGGGGCAUCGGGUGGAGGUGGUGAGGGGGGAGGCGAGGGAGGUGUUUGGAAAGGGGCAGGUGAUUGUGAGGGAGAGAGGGAGUGGGGUGCUGUGGGGGGGGUCGGAGGGACGGGCAGAUGGCUGUGCCAUGGGGUUUUGA